AUGCUCUUCAGCGCACGAGAUGGGUCGUUCCCGGGAGCUUCAUGGGCAUGGAAAAAGUUGCUGCGAUUUGGCGUCGCCUUUUUGGUUAUCAUAGGAUUUAUUACCAUGCUAUGGCCAUCGGCAGAACCAAUCAAAUUGCCACUGACAACCGUUUCCAACAUCACCAUUUCUCCAGAUGUUGCAUGUGAAUUGGAUUCCGAUCUUCUGACCCGACUAGACGUUCUCAAAGUCGCCCAAUAUACUCGUCGGGAAAUUGUGAUCGAUAUGACGGACGAUCCAGUGCCCUACACCCGGCGCCUCCAAGAGCCGCUCCUGGGCUUGAAAAAAGGCACCGAAGGGGCCGCGGACGGAUGCUCAAUCCCGAUUCCUGUUGCUCUCACGGUUCCCAGACCACCGAAAAUGCCUGUCGCCUCGCACAUCGAUUUUGGAGUCGCAACUAGUGUCGAGCGACUGAACGACUCCCUCGAUGCAUUCGCACACUGGGCUGGAUACACGAAAACCCGCAUCUUUGCGCUGAUCGAAACCGAUCGAACAGAAAACGGGAUCCGCGACGUCAAGGCCAAAGCCGAAAACAUGGGUGUAGACUUGUUCAUCACAGAGUCGGAUGAUGACUACCUGCACCGAUACUUCGCCCUCAUCCCUCUCCUGGAAGCAAAUGCCCGGGAAUCUACCCGCUGGGGUUGUGUCAUUGACGAUGACACAUUCUUUCUGUCUAUGGCAAGCCUGGUCGAAGCGCUCGACCAGUACGACCACACCAAGUCCAUGUAUAUUGGCGGAAUAUCAGAGUCUAUUCCGCAAAUCGCGAAUUUCGGAAUGAUCGGGUUUGGAGGCGCAGGCGUCUUCCUAUCCCGACCUCUCCUGAAAGAAAUCACCAACGUCUAUGAUGAAUGCUCCGCCAUGGAUUUCACUGGUGACCGCCGCAUUGCCAUCUGCGUCUACCGCUACACCCAAACCCGAUUAACAGUCGACCACCGCCUCCGCCAGCUCGACCUGAUGGAUGAUGCAUCAGGCUUCUUCGAGUCUGGUCGCGAGCCCCCACUCACGGUCCAUCAUUGGAAAUCUUGGUUCCACGCUGACAUGCCCAAAUUGUCUGUCAUUGCCGAGCUGUGCGGCGAUACCUGUCUCCUUCGCCAAUGGCACUUCGGUGAUGGUUGGAUCCUCACCAACGGCUUCUCCGUCAUCAAGUAUCACUAUGAUCCCAACGAGGGUGAUCUUGCCAUGGAGCAGACAUGGGCUCCGCACAAUGGCGCCAACGAUGAAUCGUAUCUGCAUGAACUCGGUCCUCUCCGUCGCAAGGACGAAGACAAGAAGAGUUUCCAAUUGAUGGAUGCCGUUAUUGAAGAGAACGGCCGGGUCACGCAAUGGUAUGUUCUGCGUGACUCGAAGAAGGGUGAUGAGAUCUUGGAGUUGUCAUGGCGCAAGAGGUAA